AACGCAGAAAGAAGCGGCCGAAACCGCUGGCUAUGAAUAUAAAGUUUUAUCGCGCUGAGCUACUUAGCAUGUGUUAAAUCUAGUUCUAAUCGCGAACAAUUAUGUUCAGCGUCAAAAAUGUCAAAAUUUUCUUUGCGCUCUUGAUGUUAAAGGGAGUCUGUUUCUUGGCAACAGCAAAUAAAUCUUUUUCUUUUAAUACAAUAAGAUACAUGAAAAAUACUGCUGAAAUGUCCAAAUUUGACUUACCUAGUCGUUUAAAAGGCAAUGAAAAGUCUGUAUGGGUAGAGUAUAUCCAGCUCGCCUUGCAGUACAAACCACUAAAUUUAGGUCAGGGAUUUCCUGAUUACUAUGCACCAGAAAAUGUAACCAAUGCUUUAGCUGCUAUUGCCAAAAGUAACAAUCCUCUUUUGCAACAGUACACUAGAGGUUUUGGCCAUCCAAGAUUAGUGAAUGCAAUUGCAAAAUUAUACUCCAAGUUCAUCAAUCGUGAUUUGGAUCCAAACAAAGAAGUGUUAGUCACUGUUGGUGCUUACGAAGCAUUAUAUACCACUUUGCAAGGUCAUACCAAUCCUGGAGAUGAGUGGAUCAUUAUUGAACCAUUUUUUGAUUGCUACACGCCUAUGGUACAAACAGCUGGAGGAAUUCCUAGAUAUAUAGCAUUAAAACCAAAAUCUACAUCCGGUACAGUUACCUCUGGUGAUUGGGUGUUUGAUAAAAAAGAGAUGGAGAAUCUUUUCAACGAGAAAACUAAAGGCAUCAUUGUCAAUACACCUCACAAUCCGAUAGGAAAAGUGUUUACAUUAGAUGAAUUACAGUUUAUUGCUGAUCUUGCAAAAAAGUGGGAUACUCUUGUAGUGUCUGAUGAAGUUUAUGAGCACAUUGUUUACAAACCGUAUAAACACAUAAGAAUCGCAUCACUGCCCGAUAUGUAUGAACGCACAAUCACAAUUGGAUCGGCAGGAAAGACGUUUAGUGUUACAGGUUGGAAAAUAGGUUGGGCUUAUGGACCGGCAAAUUUAUUGUAUAAUCUUCAAGUGGUGCAUCAGAACACUGUGUACACUUGUGUUACGCCAAUUCAGGAAGCAGUAGCUAUUGGGUUCGAACUGGAAAUGGAACGCUUUGAUCAGUCAGAUUGUUAUUUUAAUAGUCUAGCGAUGGAGUUACUACCAAAACGAGACUAUAUGGCGAAAUUUCUUCGAGAAGUUGGUAUGAUACCAACGAUACCCGAAGGUGGAUACUUUAUGCUUGCCAACUGGUCCGCGUUAGAGAAUAAAGUUAAGCUGGACGAGGAAACAGAUGAAAACAGAGAUUACAGAUUUACUAAGUGGAUGACAAAAAACGUCGGCCUCCAAGGUAUUCCUCCUUCGGCAUUUUACGGUCCCGAACAUAAAUAUCUGGCGGAAGAUUACGUGCGAUAUUGUUUCAUAAAGAAAGACGAAAAUUUGAAGGCAGCUGCCGAUAUUUUGAAGAAAUGGGUAUCCGAAUGAGAGUUUUACUUUUAUAUUUGUACAUAUUUGCCAAUAAUAUGUGACUUGUUUUUUUAUGUCAAUUUAACAAACAAUUGUUUAUAUAUUGCGAUACUAUGGUAAGUUAUUUGACGCUAUUAUGAAGAUGUUAGGAACCUAAUUUUUACAUAUACAUAUAUGCAUAUACUAUAUAUUUCAAUAGACAUAUAUUUCCACUAUUUUGAUAAAAAUAUUAAAGUAAAAAGUAUUGUUGAGAAGGAAGUGUUUUCUUCUUGCUUCUCAGAUUCUUGGAUCCUUUAUUUUUUCCAAAUCUAAAGUACAGCAAAUUUUCGCUUGACUCGCGUGAGCUAAUAUCAAUAAUUUGGUUCAAUAAAGUUUUCUCGUUUUGCCAUCCUAUUAUCGUACAUUCGCCAGCUUCUUUCCUUUUGUUAAGAAUGUUUAAAAACCAAUUGAAAAAACACUAUUCUGUUUCUUGUUAAGAUAAAGUUGUUUUGAUAUUUGAUAGUGAGUCUCUUGACAAUAAAAACGUUUUCAUUAAUGGUAAACAUUCAGCUUGCAAUGAUAAGCACUUGAGCAAUGAUUUUUAACAAGCUACAAAAAAACCGUCCUUGUAGAAAAUUAAUAAAUUUAUCGUUUCUGUACAUUUUUAUCGUUUGUUGACAUUUAUGAUGAGUGUGUGACGGUUGUCUCUCUUACCGGACAUCCCUUUAAAUUUUGCGAUUUACUUUGUUCGCUUUGUUCAUCGAUCGUUUUUCGCAGUUGACUUAGAGCAGCCUUAUUUCGUAAUUGUUCCCGCUCGAAUUCUGCAAGUCCUUCUGUUGCGAGCACUGUAUAUCUCUGUCCGAUUCUAGCGUUCAAUCUCGGAAUAAAACCUAUUGUAAUAUCCAAGCAACUGGACUUUAUAUACAAACCUGUGAUUAUUUAUCGAUAUUGACAAGAAGCAAUCGAUAAUCACCCUCGUAUCCUGGCAACAUAGGAUGAACGAAGAUAGGAUCCGUUCUUUUGAAACGAGCAUUCACUGUAUCUAUAUCGCUUUUUCGCGGUAGCUGUGGAAACAGUAUCUUUUUAAACAAUUAACAAGAUUUUUCUUAUUAUCUUCUUAGUUCUGAAUUAUCAAGGAAAUUUUCAUGUGUAUAUGAAAAUUGUUUAUUCUCUUUUGAUUUUAUCUUAUCUUGUUAAUUAUCUGUUUCUUCUUAUCGCAGAACGCUACGAAUUGCUAACCUGGCAAUCGCGAGUUACACGAUUCGACAGGAUAAAGGUAUUCUCAUGAUUAACCGUACGAUCGAGCAACAGUUUAUGCGUGGCUUUUGCGUACGUUUCGCCGCAUCUAAAUCGAUAUUGCGGACAAUAACCAGUGUAUCUAAAAAAAUAAUACGCACACGACUUUUCAAAAUUUGCGAGUGUUAUAACUGGCAUCUUAAAUUCUCAAAA